UGUUUUAAGGGUUUGGUCUUUUGUUACUUUCUCAGUUAUUAUUAAAUUUCUGUGUGUGCCUUUCAAGAUUCAUAUGUAUGAAUGAAUAUCUAUGAUUUGAUAUAUGAUAUAUUUGUUAAAUAAACACCAUUAAGCUCAAUAUAAAUUCAAGUAGUACUACUAUUUUAGCCUAUAUUUGGUAUUACGUUGAGUAAGUCAGAAUCACAGUGAUUCACUGUAAUUUUGUAAAAGCUACACUCUAUAGCUUUUGCAAAAUCACCGUGGAUCACUGUGAUUCUGACAUAAUCACCGUGAUACCAAACAUAGAAUUAAUUGUCAGAUGUGCAUAAUUUAAGUUCCUAGCUAUUCAGAGCUGUUUUUGUGUUAGUUUCUUAAUUUUGACACUAUGAAAGUAGGAUUGCUUGAUUCAGUGCAUGUUUGGUAUCACGGUUCUUUUUAGGUGUAUAACUGUAUAAGUCUUUGAGUGAUGAUUUUAUGUGAAAUUUAGACAUGGAAAGGUAUUCAGAGUCAAAGGUACUUCCUCGAAACUUGCCGAUUUUGGUUGAGGUAUCGCCGCACACGGCCACUAAAAGAGAGGUGGGUCAGAGUCAGAGACUAAAUGGGCAGGAGUUUUCAAAUGCUAGGUGGAUUUCAGCAAGAGAAUUGAAUCAGUUGUCGCAGGCAAGGGAUGUGCCUAUGACACGUUUGGCCUCGAUUAGAGAAGUGGCGCAGUUGUCGAAUGCACGAAUAUUAUUGGUUAGAGAUGAUAUGGAAUUUGAUACUCGAGAGUCUCCAGAAUCUAUCUCCUUUGAGCCUACUAGAACAUGGAAAGGAAAGCAUUCUUUAUCUGAUGGAGAAGAUCUGAUGUAUGAUGUAGACACAUUGAAGGGUAGCAGCGAUUCGUUUGAGGAUGGUGAUCCGAGUUUAUUUGCUGGUGCUAGUCAUCCACCAGAACCUGUUGAUACAGAUCUUAUGAGAACGGUUUAUGUACCGAUAGGUCAGAACAAAUCUGAGGCCGGAUGCUUAAUUAAGAACUUGUCCGUGAAGGGCCCUUUCUUGGAAGAUCUCUCGAUCCGUGUUCCCGCGAAGAAACCAAGUCAAUUUGUUCUUUCCCCUCAAGGAAGUCUGGUUGAAGAACUAAACGACACUGGGAACGUAUCCUCGCCUUUUGCAGGUUCUCGAGUAUCUCAGAAUACUGAGAACUCUCUCCUCGCUCCAGAUUCCGAGGAAAAGGAAUGUGUUUGGGAUGCUUCUUUGCCUCCUACUCCUAGUGGCAAUGUCAGCCCACAUAGUAGUAUCGAUAGUAUUGGUGUUGUCAAGGCAAUGAGCAUUGCAAAUAGUUGUGCUAGUACUUAUCGGAGUGAUGCAAUGACCAGUGACGGCAUGCUUAGUUUAGAUAGGAACUUUGAUAGCACUAAGGGUAGUGUAAGGGGUGAUUCACUUGAAAGUGCAAAAACUAGUGCAAGUCGUGCAAGUGAUAGUAGUGGCCUCAGCGAUGACAGUAACUGGAGCAACCUUACUGGUAGUGCAAAUAAGCCUCACAAAGGAAACGAUCCCAGGUGGAAUGCUAUCCUUGCCGUCCGAUUACGAGAUGGAAUUUUGGGCAUGAGUCACUUUCGAUUACUCAAACGACUUGGAUGUGGUGACAUUGGUAGUGUAUAUCUCUCGGAGCUGAGUGGAACUCGGUGUUAUUUCGCAAUGAAAGUUAUGGACAAGGCAUCCCUAGCAAGCAGAAAGAAGCUGACUAGAGCACAGACUGAGAGAGAGAUAUUGCAGUUGCUGGAUCAUCCAUUUCUUCCAACUUUGUAUACGCAUUUUGAGACCGACCGAUUCUCCUGUUUGGUAAUGGAAUAUUGUCCUGGGGGUGACCUACACACUUUAAGGCAGCGGCAACCAGGGAAACAUUUCUCUGAAUAUGCUGCACGCUUCUAUGCUGCCGAGGUCCUGCUUGCUCUCGAAUAUCUUCACAUGCUUGGAGUUGUGUACAGAGACCUUAAACCUGAAAAUGUGUUGGUACGAGACGAUGGUCACAUAAUGCUCUCAGAUUUUGAUCUUUCACUCAGAUGUACUGUUUUACCUACUCUUGUUAGAGGUUAUGAUGGCGACCCUUCAAAACGAGCUGGUGGUGCAUUCUGUGUUCAGCCUGCUUGUAUUGAGCCAACAUCAGUAUGCAUACAACCUGCAUGUUUUAUUCCUCGGCUCUUUCCUCAGAAAAACAAGAAAUCGAGGAAACCAAGAGCUGAACCUGGGUUUCCUUCCAGCAGACUUCCAGAGCUUGUUGCCGAGCCUACUGCUGCUCGAUCUAUGUCCUUCGUUGGCACCCAUGAAUACCUUGCUCCUGAAAUUAUCAAAGGAGAAGGUCAUGGAAGUGCGGUUGAUUGGUGGACAUUCGGAAUAUUCUUGCAUGAACUUUUAUAUGGUAAAACCCCUUUCAAAGGGUCAGGAAACCGUGCCACACUUUUCAAUGUAGUAGGUCAGCAGCUCAAAUUUCCAGAGUCACCUGCAACCAGUUACGCCAGCAGGGAUUUGAUCCGCGGCUUACUCGUGAAAGAGCCACAACAUCGUCUUGGGGUUAAGAGAGGUGCAACCGAGAUAAAGCAGCAUCCUUUCUUUGAAGGUGUGAACUGGGCAUUGAUUAGGUGUAGCACACCACCAGAAGUGCCAAGACCAGUGGAAAAUGAGCCACCACCGCCGCCACCUAUGAAGGUCGGACCACCAAUUGACACUGUUGGAAUUGGCAGUACUAGUAAGAGGAUGUCAGGUAAUAAUGAAAUGAAGUCCGGGGGUAAAUAUCUUGAUUUUGAGUUCUUUUAGUUUGUAUUCCUAAAUCUACCAUUUAUUGUAUUUGCCAUAAUUGGUUAUUUUCGCAUCAGCUGCUCAGUAUUACCAUGUUAGCUCAGCUUAUCUGUUUUGUAGUAAAAUUCCAUUUCAGUUGGAAAUAUGAUAUUCCAAGAUUAGAUUAGGUUGGAUCUCUUUGUCUCAUCUCAGAAUACUUAUGGAUAAUCACUCCAUAAUUAAGUAUUGCUAUACAAAAUAUGAGAAUUAUUAAUCUUCGAUUCA